AUGGCCCAGUUCCUUCGCGGCAAGCAGGCAGGCAUCCAAAAGGACCUUUCCGAGGGUCUAUCGCCGACCCUCUUUGCCCUAGAUGAGUAUACACGAUAUGGCAUCAACUCCCGCAUAUCUGCCAUUACCUACGACCCCGUCCAGUCCCUAAUCGCCGUCGGCACCAGCGACACCCAGUUCGGAAGCGGACAAAUCUAUGUCUUUGGUCAACGGCGCGUUUCUGUUAUAUUCAACCUACCGCGCAAAGCGUCUGCAAAGUUUUUGCACUUUUGUGCUGAUAAGCUUGUGAGCGUUGAUUCGAAGAGCGAGCUUUCGAUCUUCUCGUUGGAGACGAAAAAGACCUUGGUUUCAUACGCGCCUCCAAGCCAUGUGUCUGCGGUAGCGGUUGAUCCUAGCAUUGACUAUGUGGUCCUGGGUCUACAAAAUGGAGAAAUCAUUGCCUACGAUAUGGACCGAGAAGGCCUUACGCCAUUCCGACUACCGAACUUAUGGCUCGAAAAGAAUCCCCGGGUGAGAAUGGCGCCUGUUGUAUCCCUAGCUUUUGCACCACGAGAUAUUGGGAAACUGUUGAUUGGCUAUCCGGAGGGAGCUGUUACCUUCUCCAUAAAACAGAAUAUUCCUCAAAACUUCUUCGAAUACGAGGUCCCGGCCGGCGCUCCCGGUGGUGACUCAGACCCAACUCUCUCGCGCGACAUACGAAGACCCAAGCUUACCCAAGCCCUGUGGCAUCCUACAAACACCUUUAUUCUUACGGUACAUGAAGACACGAGUCUAGUCUUUUGGGAUGCAAAAGAUGGACGCCUGGUCAUGGCACGAACUAUUGAAGAGGCCAAUAUCAACCAACCGGGGACUCGCGCAGAGAAACCAACCUCACCUCAUGGAAACUUUAGUGUCAAAGACCCGAUCUUCAAGGUUUCCUGGUGCGCCAAGGAGAACCCAGAUAAUACAGGGCUAUUGAUUGCGGGAGGCCACCCGUCGAGCGACAGAGACAAGGGACUGACCUUCUUGGAUCUAGGGCCUACUCCCAACUAUCAAACGUCUUCAUGGCAGAUACUUGCCAGCUACUUAGAAAAACCUAGAAGCCGCUUCACUCUAUCAACCCCGCCUGGAGCAGAGGUUGUCGACUUUUGUCUGAUACCCCGUACUUCACCCUUUUUCGCCGGUGCGCAAGAUCCUAUUGCGGUUAUUGCUCUAUUGUCUACUGGUGAACUUGUGACGCUCAGUUUCCCUAAUGGACAUCCAAUCUCUCCGACAAACAUGCUGCAUAUAUCAUUGUCUUUCGUUCACCCUUUCAUAACCAAAGCGAUCUUGACGCCAGUCAGCCGAAACAAUUGGCUCGGGCUCAAGGAGAAGAGAGCUCAAGGCCCAAAGUUCCUUCUGGGAGGUGCCGAGGGCAAGAAGGCUAUGAAACGAUUUGAAGACCGCAAUAUUGCUAUCACUGCAAAUUCAGAUGGAGUUGUGCGACUAUGGGAUGCAGGCCACGAUGACGAGAUUGAGAAUGGGGAGGUCAUUCAGGUCGAUCUAACUCGUGCAAUAGCACGCAACGUUAAUACCCAAGCCUCUCAGAUAUCGUUCUCUGGUGCAUCUGGUGAACUAUCAGUGGGACUUCGCAGUGGAGAAGUAGUCAUUUUCCGCUGGGGAAAGAACCAAAAUGCUGGAAGUGAAAAGGCUCCAGGUGCGAAUGCAGGACCUGGCAAAAUCACAAACAUAAGUCAUCGGGCCGAUCCAAAUCUAAGUACAGGAUUGCUUCCGCUUAGUCUUUUGGAAAUGCAAAACGGACCCGUGACAGCUCUCAAACACAGUGAUGUUGGCUUUGUUUGCGCGGGUUUCGAAGAAGGGCACCUUGUGUUUAUCGAUCUUCGUGGCCCUGCCGUCAUCCAUAGCGCCGAUAUCCGCGACUUUCUCAAAGCAAAUAAUAAACGCGGCAGUCUCCGCAGGAGUCGCACAGGAGAUAGUACGCCUCUAGAGUGGCCCACCAGCAUUGAGUUUGGUGUUUUGACGCUGGAUGGUGAAGAUUACUCAAGUAUUUGCUGUUUCGUAGGAACGAGCCGCGGAAACCUUGCUACAUUCAAGAUAUUGCCAUCAAACAACGGCACAUAUUCCGUACAAUUCGUUGGCUCUACCUCCCUCGACGACUCGGUUAUCGGAAUCUUUCCCAUCAAUGCCGACUCUGGUGAGCCUGCGCUAGCAACCCAAAUGGCCGUUUCGGGUCUCCGAAGCGGAGUCAGGGUCAAUGGAGUAGUCGUCGCAGUGACUCAAUCAGACUGCCGAAUUUUCCGACCUGCAACUAACAAAGGAGCCUCUAAAACAUGGGGUGACUUUCUUUGCGAUUCUGCAGGCUUCGUGAAGAUAGAAGGUCGCGGUUACAGCCUUGUUGGUUUGUUUGGAGACGGUAAUGUUCGUGCCUAUUCGAUUCCGGGUCUAAAGGAGAUCGGCUGUACGCAAAUCAGCAACAUUUUAGACGUACGACGUUUCUCUGAAGCAGUGAUUUCGCCUUCUAGCGAUGUGAUUGGUUGGACUGGGCCAUCUGAAGUUGCAAUCAUUAACGUUUGGGGCUCAGGUACUCCUAUUCCACCUACGGAUGAUAAGCUAUAUAAUCCAGAUGCCAUGCUUCCUCCCAGGCCCACGAUUUCCAAUUUCCAAUGGAUAGCUGGCACCCAAUAUGUCUCACCUGCAGACAUGGAUCUACUGAUUGGCGGACCUGAUCGCCCUCCUUCGAAACGAAUGAUGGAGCAAAUGAAAUACGAAGAACGCGAACGCCGCCAAGCAGAAAGACAAGGACGCAGUGUUCCUCCAUCUGCCAGCAGAAACGACGAAGGCUACUGGUCCUACAUGCAGCGCCAAGUUCAAGAAAGAACAGAACGGCUUGGGAUCAUGGGCGACAGUAUGGAUCGGUUGGAAGAGAACAGUAGCAACUGGGCAAAUGAUGUUAGCAAGUUCGUCUCGAACCAGAAGAAAAAAGCUGUUCUUGGUGUUUUGGGAUCAAAAUUCGGACUAUAG